CUCUCAUUGCCCCCAUGAACAUACUCUGUCAACAAUAACUUCUUUUUUCUCUUAAAUUCUUGUCUCAGUUAUUCUAUCAACUGAAAAAUAAAAUAAAAAAAUUAGAGAAAAUUAACGAAAAUCGCGCAUCCAGUUGAAAUGUUAUCAGAAUCAGAACCACCGGCUGCAGCCGCCAGUUUACCAUCAGCAACCCCUCCGCCGCCGUCGUCCGAUGAGGACUUCUUCUCGUCUGUAUCAGUGGCAUCGACGUCUUCCACGUCAUCGCCAUCCACCCCGAUUCCUUCACCACCACAGCUUCAUCCAGAGAUCCCAAUUUCAUGGCCUGAAGACGGGACCUUAACCCUAGCUUGGGUUACCAACUUGAUGCUAGCAUUUGAUUGGUCAUCCAAGAAUCUUGCUCCGACGGAGCUGCCAUCGGUGUUGCCGGUAGUGGUGUUUGAUCGGCUUAUACUAACGGCUUCCAAGAUCUUGCAUAAAGAACCCAAUUGUGUGCAUAUUGAUAGCGGGUCGGGGUUGGGAAAUGAUUCGAGGGUUGUUGUGGUUGGGGACGUGCACGGCCAGCUACAUGAUGUCUUGUUCUUAUUGAGAGAUGCGGGUUUUCCCUCUGACGAUCGGUUCUUUGUGUUCAAUGGAGACUAUGUCGAUAGAGGCGCUUGGGGUCUUGAGACCUUUCUUACCUUGUUGGCUUGGAAGGUUUUUAUGCCCAAUAGGGUGUUUCUCCUUCGUGGAAAUCACGAGUCGAAGUACUGUACUUCUGUUUAUGGUUUUGAAAAGGAGGUUCUAGCGAAGUAUGCGGAUAGUGGGAAACAUGUAUACAGGAAAUGUUUAGGAUGCUUCGAAGGACUUCCUCUUGCAUCCAUUAUUGGGGAUCAUGUCUACACAGCUCAUGGAGGUAUUUUCCGCAGUAUUGCUGUCACUCCAGCUAAAAGAGCUAAAGGGAAGAAGAACCGUAAAAUAGUUUCAAACCCUGAUGUUACUACUUUAUCUCUUGGUUCUAUGGAGGAAUUAUUAAAAGCUAGGAGAUCUGUCCUUGAUCCUCCUUGGGAAGGUACGAAUCUGAUACCGGGUGAUGUCUUGUGGUCAGACCCGUCAAUGAAACCUGGACUUUCCCCAAAUAAAGAAAGAGGAAUUGGUCUCUUAUGGGGUCCGGAUUGCACCGAAGAUUUCUUGAAGAUGUUGAAUUUAAAGUUGAUUAUUAGGUCACAUGAAGGUCCAGAUGCAAGGGAAAAGAGAGAGGGAAUGGAAGGAAUGGAUCAAGGGUACACCAUAGAUCAUGAGGUCCAGUCCGGUAAAUUGAUUACAGUGUUUAGUGCCCCAGACUAUCCACAGUUUCAGGUUGAAAUUGGUUAAUUGACCGGAUCGUUGCAAGGUAAAAAUCUUGCAUGACUUGAUCGUCAACUGUCACUUUCUCCCUAUUUCGGGAAGUAGUUUGUGGGCUUCAUUCGUCAAUAUAAACAAAUUUUCCGGUAACACACCUGCUGAGCUUGCUGGAAUUGGCCCUUGCGCAAAUUUUGGUGUUUACACAGCCAAUUGUCUGUUUGUCCCUUCAAGUGGUAUUAAGAAUAUGCUGCAAUUAUUACUAUUUGCCUAAGGUUCUACUAAAUAGAUUCAAUUUAUGCGUGAAGUUUCUUUCUGGAGCAGUUUUUCCGGCUUGGGAAUUAAGCCAAUUUCUAGUCAUGUGUUAUACUCUACUUAAAUGAAUCAAUGGAGGCCUGAAACUGCACUAGUUAGGAUUGUCAAACCAUUUUGAAUCUACUUAAUGAAUCAAUUUGUUCUAUUGCUUCGAGAGGGUUUUCCUAAUGAUGGAUCCUUUUCAAUAUGGUAAGAAUAGGUAGCCAUCUCGUCAAAAUUAGGUUUUAUCAUGUUUGUUCAAUUUUUUAUACACUCAUGCAAAAAGUUUGAAACAUCUUUAGCGCCAUUUCUAUACCUGGAAGCUGUAGUAUGAAAUGGAGAAACUU